UCGUCUUCCCCCACUUGGGAAUCCUUCACUUCCCACCUAAAACCAAGCAUCAGAAUAGUAAACCAUUAUUGCGAGCUCCCUCGCCUCUCCCUGAUGUCCUUCCUUCCCCUUCUCUGAUUCCACAGCGACAGCAAAACAUCACACCCUUCCUUUCUUCCGAGAAAUGCCCUAGCACAAAGCAGAGUUUUUUUUUCUAUUUUUUUCGCCAUUGCUGUUGUCUGCUUCGCUCCUCCAAGGAUCACGAGAUGCAGGGGAGGAAGACGAAGAGCUCCAGGGAGAUUGCCCGGGAGGAGAAGCAGCACCACCAGCAGCAGCAGCAAUCUAGCAGCUCCAAAGGCCAAGCAUGGUUUUGCACCACCGGACUGCCCAGCGACGUCGUGAUCGAGGUGGGCGACAUGACAUUCCAUCUCCACAAGUUCCCGUUAAUGUCGAGGAGCAAGAAGCUCCACGACCUCAUCACCAACAGGGAAUCGCGCGCGGCAGGUGGAGUGGAGCAGCAGGAGGAGGAGGAGGAUGCCGGUGAGAUCAGGGAGGAGGAGGUGGUGCUGGAGGCGGACGAGGAGUCCGACGUGCACCGCAUCCGCCUCCCGGCCUUCCCCGGCGGCGCGGAGGCGUUCGAGCAGGCGGCCAAGUUCUGCUACGGCGUCAAGCUCGACCUCACGCCGGCCACCGCCGCUCCGCUGCGCUGCGCCGCGGAGCGCCUCGGCAUGUCCGACGACCACUCCGACGACAACCUCAUCUCCCGCGCCGACAGGUUCAUCUCCCACACCGUCCUGAGGAACCCGAGGGACGCCAUCCGCGCCCUCAGGUCGUGCGAGAGUCUCCUCCCCCUCGCCGACAACCUCGGCCUCGUGUCGCGCUGCGUCGACGCCAUCGCCGCCAAGGCCGCCGCGUCCACGCCCACCGCCCUCUUCGGCUGGCCCGUUACCGAUGCCGCCGGAGGCGGCGCCGACCGUCCGCGCCGCAAGAACAAUGCCGGAGCCGGGGCGACGUGGUUCGACGACCUCGCCGGCUUGUCCCUCGCCACAUUCACCCGUGUCAUUGCCGCCAUGAAGGAGAGGGGCGUCGGCCCGGAGAUCGUUGAGGGCGCUCUAAUCGCCUACGCCAAGCGCUCAAUCCCGGGCCUGUCACGCUCUGGCCGGCAUAUAGGCGGCGGCGGCGGCGGCGGCGCCACUGCUGCCGCUGCAGCUCCGCCGUCAUCGGACGGCGAGCAGAAGGCGCUUCUUGAGACCGUCAUCGCCAACCUCCCGGAGGAGACCAUCAAGAGCAACGCCCACACCGGCACGGCCAUGGGCGCCACGACGGCGCGCGUCCUCUUCGGACUCCUGCGCACGACGAGCAUCCUGCAGGCAUCGGAGUCCUCCCGCGACAUGCUCGAGCGGCGCAUAGCCGCGAGGCUCCCCGACGCGGCCGUCGACGACCUGCUCAUCCCGAGUUACUCCUACCUCGUCGAGACGCUCUACGACGUCGACUGCGUCGAGCGCAUCGUGCGCUACUUCCUCGAAGGCCGAGACGCCGACGAGGGCAACGACGACAGCAGCGAGCCAGCGACACCGGGAAGAGAGGCCAGCCGACGAGCCAUGCUCUCGGUGGGGAGGCUGAUGGAUGCCUACCUAGGGGAGAUCGCUGCAGAUGCCAAUCUGAAGCCGGACAAGUUCUGCGACCUCGCCUGGGCAUUGCCGGACGGCGCCCGUGUCUACGACGACGGCCUCUACCGUGCCGUCGACAUCUAUCUCAAGGCUCAUCCUGGACUGAGGGAAGAAGAGAAGGAGAAGAUCAGUGGUGUUGUCGACGGACGCAAGCUGACGCUGGAGGCCUGCACGCAUGCGGCGCAGAACGAACGGCUGCCGCUGCGGACGGUGGUGCAGGUGCUCUUCUUCGAGCAGCUCCAGCUGCGUCGAGCCAUUGCACGGACGAUCAUGGCGAACGAAGGUGGGGCAGCUGGCCAAGGGGAGGAAGAAGGCGACAGUGAUGCCGGUGGAACAUGGCGGGUGGCGACAAGAGGGAACCAAAUGCUGAGGCUGGACAUGGACAGCAUGCGAAACCGGGUGCAGGAGCUGGAGCGUGAGUGCACCAGCAUGAGGAGAGCCAUUGAGAAGAUGGACCGGCGAGGUGGCGGCAGCACACCGGGGGAGAGGGGAGCAACGCCGGCGAUGGAAGGGCGGUGGGGAUCAAUGGUGACGAAGAGAUUCGGGUGCAAGUUCCCGGCGCAGGUGUGCCAGUCACAGCAGCGCACGGUGGUGGCGCGUCCUCGCCGGCCGCGGAUCGAGCAGAGCCCCUGAAUUCUUCCAAACUGCACAUCAUAGCUUUCACUUCCUUGUUUUUGUUGUGUUGAUUUUUUACUUAGAUUUGUGGAAAAUGGAAGGUUUAUUGAGUUUUACCGUGUUUGAUCAUUGAAUUGUAGUUGUGCACAAUUGUUCAGUGUCAUCUUGAUGGCCAAUGGAUCAAAUCAUACGUUGGCUAACCAAAGUGAUUUACAAACUUUAGUGAAAGAAC